CAGGAUUUAUGUUUGGAUUUUACGUUUCGCAUUUCAGACAUUUGUUUUGGGAAACUCUUUUUACAGAAUAUAUUGCAUUUCCCAGUUUAUCUUUUAACAGUAAUAACUGAAUAUUUAGAAUAAAUCUAAAGCCAUUUAGAGCUCUGUAGCAAGUAAAAGUCACCUCGUUAACAUGUCAGCCACAGUGUGAGCAGCAAAAAAGAAGGGAAUAUAUACUGUGAAGUACACCAGUCAGUCAAAAUAUUCAUGACAAAUGGAAAACAUGAAGUAUAUUGUAUUGUAGAAACAUGUUCAAUUUCGGAAGUGGCUUAUGGAACUAACUGUGGUACCAUGACACAGUGUAUUACCACCAACGCAAUUUGCAAUGGAUCCGGCAUAUGUACAUGUGAUGACACUCACUACUACGACGCAGCUAGUGACACCUGCACUCAAAAAGUGCAAUACGGAGCUCACUGUGAUAACAUAACACAGUGUAAUACCACAAAUGCAGUUUGUAAUGGAUCCGGCAUCUGCGCAUGUGAUGACACUUACUACUACGAUGCAGCCAGCGACACUUGCGUUCAGAAAAAAGCCUUCGGCGAAUCAUGUACAGAGACGUCCCAGUGUGACACAACCUCAGACUCCAACAUAAUGUGUAUACAGACUGCAACAGACAUGAAGUGUCUCUGUACGGAUGGAUGGUAUAGGCCAGAUGCAACAUCUUGCGCUGAAACUAGCCCACUAAAACCAGUCAUCAGAGCCACACCAACUAUAGGAACAGGUAAUAUUGACAUCAGCUGGACCAGUACCGAUGUCACUGGAGGGUACACAUCCAGCUAUACCGUAACGUGGUCUCCAGGAUCUCCAGGAUCUGCUACUACAACCCAGAAGAGCUACAACAUCCAGUCCCUGUCUCCAGGAACAGCAUACACUGUCACAGUUAUAUACACCAUCACACAGCACGGCAGGAGUCAGACGAUUACCUCGGACCCAAGGGCAUUUACAACAACAGAGCAAGUCUUUGGUGGACUAUGUACUGACGGGACCCAGUGCGACACCUCAGACCAGAACAUCGAGUGUGUGCAGACUACAGUGUCAACAGAGAAGAGAUGCCUCUGUAAGAAUGGGAUGUACAAAUCACCAACGACAUCAUCUUGUACGGAAACAACCCUUCUAAAACCAGUCAUCACAGUUCCACCAACUAUAGGAGCAGGUAAUAUUGACAUCAGCUGGACCAAUACCGAUGUCACUGGAGGGUACACAUCCAGCUAUACAGUAACGUGGUCUCCUGGAUCUCAAGGAUCUUCAACAUCUGCUCCUAUAACCCAGAAGAGCUACAACAUCCAGUCUCUGUCUCCAGGAACAGCAUACACUGUCACAGUUGAACUUAUCAUCACACUCUACGGCAGGAGUCAGCUGAUUACCUCGGACCAAAGGACAUUUACAACAAGACAAGUCUUUGGUGGUGUAUGCAGUAACCCACUCGUGUGUGACACUACAGACCCCAACAUUCAGUGUAUACAGACUGCAGCGUCAAACAUGAAGUGUCUCUGUACAGAUGGGAUGUAUAAGCCAGCAGCAGCAACACUGUGUCAGAACAAUAGCCCACUAAAACCAGUCAUCACAGAACCACCAUCUACAGGGACAAGUAAUAUUUACAUCAGCUGGACCAAUACCGAUGUCACUGGAGGGUACACAUCCAGCUAUACAGUAACGUGGUUACCAGGAUCUCCAGGAUCUUCAGGAUCUUCAACAUCUGCUGCUAUAACCCAGAAGAGCUACACCAUCCAGCCCCUGUCUCCAGGAACAGCAUACAGUAUCACAGUUAUACACAUCAUCACACUCUACGGCAGGAGUCAGACGAUUUCCUCGGACCAAAGGACAUUUACAACAAGGUUAGGCUACAACGGAAGCUGCUCACAACCUGGUUUGUGUUACGAUGCCAGUGCCAACUGUUACAGUGGUAGAUGUCGCUGUGACCCGGGAUUCUACCGAACUACAACCUGUGUCAGCAUCAACCAACUUCGUCCUACCACUGUGACGGCUGUCGCACAAAGCACAACCACCAUGACAGCAACAUGGACAGCUCCUUCUAACGGCGUCGUUACCGGGUACGAGGUCACGGUUACACCAGGGGACAUUACUCCAGUCAGUGUCGGCAGAGACAGCAGGACCACGCCCAUCACAGGUCUGACACCGGGGAGAGUAUACACUGUGAACGUGAAGACAAAGAUUACCUACCUGCCAGGACGAGAUGAGAUGAUUGAUGUUGUAUCUGCAGCACCAAAGCGAACAUCGCCGGCUUCUGUCGUUGGCCUUGACAUGACCAGAACCAACAGAACAGCUCCAGACAUCACCAUUGUGUUCGCCAAGGCUGCAGGGGAUGCCACCAUGUACAUUGUGACACUCAGUGGACGGGAUGGAGAUACAUACAUCCAACAUCAACUUGUCAACACUGGACAGGGUCUCAUCUCUGUCGUCUUCACUGGUGUUGUCCCGGCUGUAUCGUACAUUCUGAACAUACUAACACAGAGUGGGAACCUCCAGAGUUUACCCUAUACCACUGUGAUACGAGUACAGUCAACUCCUGUUGGAAUAGUUACCAAUCUGAAGUCGUUUGACAACACGUCCCGUUCUGUCGCCGUGGAAUGGAGAAGACCAGUCAACCCGAACGGGCAGAUCUAUGAAUAUAUUGUCGACGUCAGGACGGGUAGUCCCUCAGUCUGUGUGAAACGGAUCAUCAUCAACUGCACUGAAUGUAACAGAGAUAUGCUAAUCUUUACAAAGAUGGAGACCGAAUGUGAAACAACCAUGACUGUUGAGAUAACCCAGGCUGACAUUGAAAACACCGCCCACGUCAUAUAGCACAACAUAACAGGCCUGAACCCAAAUAUAGCCUACUCCAUAGACGUUGUAGCUGUUAAUGAAGAAGGACCAGGAAUAACCGGCCAAAUUAAUCUACACACACCCGAGGAAGGCGCCGGUAGCCCUACGAACUUCAAGGCACAGAGCAAGUCAUCAAGCGAGAUAACUCUGACAUGGGAUCCUCCGCAACCCCGACCUGGUGUCACU